CGACGGAUGCAAGGUUGCUUGAGUUUUACCUGAUUGUGAAUGUCCAGUUGCUUGGCUUCUCAGAGUUGGUGGUGGCGAGGGGGCUCUCCGAGCAGUUCCCGAACCAGCAGGCGUCGAGCGCCCCCCGCCCACAGACUUUCGCUCCUGCGGGGCUCUCGGCCGGCUUUGAUACCUUGACGUGAAGAGAGGGAGACUUCGGCUGAGGAAGGAAGAAAAGAGCGGAUUUGGGGUUCCGAGGAGGAGAGCGAAAGAGCUCUCCUCUGGGAGUGGAGAAAAGGGGAUCGGGGUCUUGGGGGAAGAAUGGCCGUGAUGACUGUGCUUACAGGAGGAGCAGAAGACGGAUCUUAGACAGUCAAUUCCACCUCCUCCAAACUAUUCCGAAGACACUGUGUUUCUUCUCGUGAUCUGAUUUCUAGCUCCGUGGUAAUAUACCGUGGCCUCGGAUAGUUCAAUGUUUUCAUUUUUGCUGACGUAAAAGUGGAGAUGUUAUUUACCCAGGAAUGUAUUGCUUGAUACUGUUCACCUGGAGCUGUAUUACUUGAAAAUUAUAUAUCGCUUGAGUGUAAUAAAGCAAACUUAUACUCAGAGAAAAAUAAACAGUAUUUUAAUAAAAGCCGGACAGAGGACUCGUGCCACAACCAUACGAUCAUCACCUUUGCCUUAACAUCCGGCCACCGUCUGUCGCUAAGAUGAGCACCCACCAUUCCUCUCGUUUUGACCCUGAGCAUCGAGUCCGGAGCACGUUGAAGAAGGUCUUUGGGUUUGACUCUUUUAAGACACCUUUGCAGGAGAGUGCGACCAUGGCUGUAGUGAGAGGUGACAAGGAUGUAUUUGUGUGCAUGCCCACAGGGGCAGGAAAAUCCCUUUGCUAUCAGCUCCCUGCGGUGUUGGCCAAAGGCAUCACCAUCGUUAUCUCUCCUCUCAUUGCUUUGAUUCAGGACCAAGUAGACCACUUGCUGGCCCUGAAGGUACGAGUGAGUUCCCUAAACUCGAAGCUCUCAGCCCAGGAGAAGAAAGAGCUGCUCUCUGACCUGGAGCAGGAAAAGCCCCAGACCAAACUCCUGUACAUCACACCAGAGAUGGCGGCGUCAGCCUCCUUCCAGCCCACGCUGAACUCCCUGGUGUCUCGCCACCUGCUCUCCUACCUGGUGGUGGAUGAAGCUCAUUGUAUCUCCCAGUGGGGACACGACUUCCGUCCUGACUACCUGCGGCUGGGGGCGUUGCGCUCCCGCCUGGCACGAGCCCCGUGUGUGGCUCUGACCGCCACAGCCACCCCACAGGUCCAGGAGGAUGUGUUUGCUGCUCUGCACCUGAAGCAGCCAGUUGCUGCCUUCAAGACUCCCUGCUUCCGGGCCAACCUCUUUUAUGACGUGCAAUUCAAGGAACUGCUUUCUGAUCCCUACAAGAACCUGCGGGACUUCUGCCUUAAGGCCCUUGGACAAAAGACUGAUAAAGGGUUCUUUUCCGGCUGCGGCAUUGUCUACUGCAGGACCAGAGAGGCUUGUGAACAGCUGGCGAUAGAGCUCAGUUCCAGGGGGCUGAAUGCCAAGGCCUACCAUGCAGGGCUGAAGGCUUCUGAAAGGACGCUGGUGCAGAACGAGUGGAUGGAGGAGAAAGUCCCCAUAAUUGUUGCAACCAUUAGUUUUGGGAUGGGAGUGGACAAAGCCAAUGUCAGGUUUGUCGCCCACUGGAAUAUUGCCAAGUCUAUGGCUGGGUACUACCAAGAGUCUGGCCGGGCGGGCAGGGACGGGAAGCCUUCCUGGUGCCGUCUCUAUUACUCCAGAAACGACCGGGAUCAAGUCAGCUUCCUGAUCAGGAAGGAAGUAGCAAAUCUCCAGGAAAAGAGAGGGAACAAAGCGUCUGAUAAAGCUGCUCUCCUGGCCUUUGAUGCUUUGGUGAACUUCUGUGAAGAACUGGGGUGUCGCCAUGCUGCCAUUGCCAAGUACUUUGGGGAUGCGCCCCCUGCCUGCACCAAAGGCUGCGACCACUGCCAGAACCACGCGGCUGUGCGGAAGCAGCUGGACGCCCUGGAGCGUGCAAGCAGCUGGAGCAAGACCUGCAUCCGGCCCUCCCAGGAGAACGGCUUCGACCCCGAGCUGUAUGAGGGAGGCCGCAGGGGCUACGGGGGCUUCAGCAGGUACGACGAAGGUUCCGGAGGCAGCGGCGACGAGGGCAGAGACGAGGCCCACAAGCGGGAGUGGAACCUCUUCUACCAGAGGCAGAUGAGUCUGCGCAAGGGCAAAGACGCCAAGAGAGAAGAAUUCGUCCCCCCAGAUGAGGACUGCCCCCUGAAAGACGCUUCUAGCAGGAGGAUCCCCAGGCUCACUGUGAAGGCCCGUGAGCACUGCCUGCGGCUUCUGGAGGAGGCUCUGGGCAGCAACUGCCAGGCCGCGGGCACCUCUGACCGACCUGACCUCCAGGCUGAGGCCGUGCAGCUGGAACACGAGAUGUUCCGAAGCGCCAGGGCAGCCAACCUGUACAAGGCCAGCGUGCUGAAGAAGGUGGCCGAGAUCCACAGAGCCUCCAAGGACGGGCAGCUCUACCACACGGCAGGCGCUGGCCAGAGUGGCGGUGCCCAGGCCGAGCCCCCGGAGCCCAAUGAGCACGACAUCCUGCCGGCCUCCCAGGUGUACUCGCCCAAACCCAAGCGCGUGGGAGCUGGUUUCCCCAAAGGCUCCUGCCCAUUCCAAACGGCCACAGAGCUGAUGGAGAAGACCCGGGCUGAGGCACGCGCCCCCCAGCCUGUGCGGGAGCCCCCCAGCCAGCCCUGCGGCCUCCAGGAUGAGGAAGGCAGCGAGGCCGCCCCCAGGCCCAGAGGAGAAGCCCCCGGAAGCAGCACUUACUGUGGGGGGCCCUCCCCUGAGAAAAAGGCAAAAGCCCCCUCCAGGGGCAGUCCCCUCACCCAGACCCGCACCGGCCGGAAGCAGCAGCUCCUAGCCGCUGCGGCCCUCAGGGAUUCUCAGAACAUCACCCGCUUCUUCUGCCAAAGAGCUGAGAGCCCCCCUCCGCUCGCUUCAGCCCCGGGGGCAGAUGGUGCCAGCCCCUCCCGUGAUGGGCUGCAGGGACCCCUGGCCGUGGCCCCGGAGCGGUGCCCAGGGGAGGAGGAUGGAGGCCUGGGAUGCGCGGCUGCUCCCCUGCAGAUGGAGGGCUGCACCAGGAAGGGGCCCAGUGCCUGCCCACUCAGGGCUCCGGGGCUCCCUGAAGGCCAGUCCAGCCCCGCAGUGGAGACCCAGAGGGGCAAGCGGCCCAGACCCCAGCAGACCCCAGAGAGCCAGGCCCGGAAGAGGCCCUGCCCCCCAGCCAAUGGCCCCGUCUUAGCUGAGGACAAGGACAGCACCUCGGCUGGUGAUCAGGGCCCCGCCAAGCCCACAGCCCAGGGUUCCUGCCAGCUCCCAGCUCCUGGCAUCUCCCUAAAGGAGGCUGCGAACAUUGUGGUCAAGUGCCUGACCCCUUUCUACAAAGAGGGCAAGUUUGCAUCUAAGGAACUGUUCAAAGGCUUCGCCCGCCAUCUCUCCCACUUGCUGGCUCAGCGGUCCUCCCCAGGACAGAGUGUGAAGGCGGAGGCCCAGGACCUCAUCAAGCAGUUCUUCCACGGCCGGGUCCGGUGCGAGAGUGAGGCCGACUGGAGCAGCCUGUGUGACCCACAGACAUGACCAGCUGCUGCCCGGCGGGACCAGUGUCCUCGCCGGACUCGGCCAUGGGCCACCGUGGGCCUGGCUCAGGAGCAGGGAGGGCCGACAGGCCUGCCACCGCCAGCAGCACCUCUCUUCUCAGGCCCCGCCCCCUUCCGCCACCCCCCGCUGUGGGGACGGCCCCAGACACCUCCCAAACCAAGGCGGCGGCCAGAGGUUAGCCUGUCUGUCUUUCUGCCUGCAAGGCCUGAGGUCCUCUUUCCCCAGCCUCUCCUGGCCCUGGUGGCUGGUUUCUGAGUCAGAUCCCCAGA